AUGAGCUACAAUCAUCCAGGAGACAAAGGACAGAAGCUGCUGUCUGCUGGACUGAAGGAUCCACACUGGAGACUGGAGACUCUCAGCCUGCAGCCUGCUGGAGUCCGAUGGUUGAAACCAGGUCUUUGGAGGUUCUGUCAACUCACACUGGAUCCAAACACAGCAAACAGAAAACUCAAACUGUCUGACAACAACAGGAAGGUGACAAAUGUGAAGGAGGAUCAGUCAUAUCCUCAUCAUCAAGACAGAUUUGAUUUCUGGGAACAGCUGCUGUGUAGAAAUGAUCUGACUGGUCGCUGUUACUGGGAGGUCGAGUGGAGAGGACUGGUUCAUGUAUCAGUGAGUUACAGAGGAAUCAACAGGAAAGGAGUCAGUGAUGACUGUGGGUUUGGAAGGAAUGAUCAGUCCUGGAGUCUGAGCUGCUCUGAUGGUGGUUAUUCUGUCUGGCACAAUAACAUAGAAACAUCCAUCUCCUCCUCCUCCUCCUCCUCCUCCUCCUCCUCUGUCUCUAACAGAGUAGGAGUGUAUGUGGACUGUCCUGCUGGCACUCUGUCCUUCUACAGAGUCUCCUCUGACACACUGAUCCACCUCCACACCUUCAACACCACAUUCACUCAGCCUCUGUGUGCUGGGUUUGGAGUCUGGUCUGGUUCAGUGUCUCUGUGUUCUCUGUAGGAGGAAGAGUCUCCUCCUGUUAGAGAAACUUUCUCAUGUUAUUUAGUACCAACCUGAUCUCUCACUGCUUGUAAAUGCAGUUUCUAAACCAACAUGGUUUCCACAUGACUGACAGUUUGUUUGACAUUUAAAAAGCUGUAAAAAAGAAGCUGAUGUUCUCAGAGCAGAUAGCUCAGUCUGUUAGAGGACUGUUUGGAGGUUCGGAGGUCGUGGCUUUGAUCCUUAUGAGUCUCAGUGAAACUCAGAAGCUCUCAGAGAGAAAACCACCAGCGGCUGAAAGUUUACUGAAACGUCAAGUUGUGACCAAGGUUUUUAAAAAUGUUGGAAGAGUUUUGCCGACUAACUAUAACACACAUAAUGACAGUAAGUAUCCGCUGGCCUAUAGAGGCUCUUUGUUGUUUUUACUCUUAUUUGUUGUUCAAUUAGUUGUUUUUUUAAUCAUAUAGUCAAUUCAGAAAGCGACAUGUUUUUAUGUGUCUCUACUGGAUGUGCAUGUAGAGCUGUAAAUAAACAUUAUGAUUCAUAGAUUCAUCAAUUCAUGGUUUUGUCUAUAAAAUGUCAGGAAAUUGUGUAAAUUGUGUAAAAUGCUGGUUGUAAUUUCACAGAGUCAAAGGCCACGUCUUUAAAUGUCUCAUUUUGUCUGAACUAAAGUCCAGAACAGUCAAAUAUUCUAUUUAUUAUCAUGUAAGACAAAGAAAAGCAUUCAAUCUUCACACCUGAGAAGCUAAAAGCAGAAAAUGUUUGCUUCAAAAUGACUCAAAUGAUGAUUAAGUGUUAAUUUAGUGUUGAUGGAUAAUCAAUGAAUGGACUAAUUGUUGCAGCUCUGGCUGUAUGUGAACAGAAUAUUAGAGGACAAACAGCUGACAGUUUAGCGCCUUACUAAAUAUCCACAAUAAAAAGCUCAUUUACAGGAUUAUCAAUCUGUUUACAAUCUGUUUGAAAUGUUUCUUAUUUCCUGUUUUUGUGUUGUACCAAGUAAAGUUGAUCAUUUGUAUGUUUAUGUUACUCAGGCAGAAAUAAAUGGAACUGCAGUAUCACCUGUUAUGUCCAAUAAAAAAGGAUCAUAAAUAAUAAUAGAAGCUUUCAUUUGAUCUUUAUUGUCAGAUUCAGAAAAAUGGCACUCUAAUAAUAAGCUGAACAUUAUUAAUAGUUCUAUUGUUUAUUCACACACAGUUUAGCGCAGGGUCAGUUUCUCAUUUCUACAACCUUCACACAACUCAACUUUGAAUGAAAAGUCACAUUUUGAUAUAAAUCAUCAACAUUAAUAGUUAUAUUUGGAAAAUGUGCUUUGGACAAAAAGCAAGUGUUUUCUUCUCCAGGAAGAAAACAGUGAAACACGUGUGUCGGUUAACUUUCUGCACACAAAGUGAAUACAGACGUCCGUUUGUCUUCUUCUGCUGUGACGAUCAGCGGGUCAGAGGUCAGAGGUCAGAUCAGGUAUGUGACGAGGAGCUGAGAGAGGAAACCAAGAAGAAAGUCAAAAGCUCACAGCUCAACAUCCAAACACAGACUGCACACAGAGCUGCAAGCAUGGAGGAGAAACCAUCACAUCUACAGAUCCAGGUACAGUUCUCCACUUUACUUUAUCACAGAAAAACUCUCAUUUUUCUCUUUUUCACUUCAUUUGAAAGAUGAAGAAAACAUCUGGACUCCUGCUGUCAAACUUCAUCCAAACGAACAGCUGUUUUCUAUUUCCAUCAUGCUGAACAUGCAGGUUUGGAAAAACUAAAUCUUUCUCCAAAUGUCACCAAACAAGACUUUUACAGUCCGUUAAGAAACUCUUAUUAUCAGAAAUAAACAUGUGUCUGAUUUUACAGUCCUGAACAUUUUCACAUGUU